GGAGUGUCCGUGAACGCAGCAGCGGAGCUGAAGUUGAGAGAGGAAGGAGGAGAUGGCCGACUAGCAGACACACAGCGACGCUCAGCUACUUCCCUGGUGACAAUACUCUCACACCCACGACCUUUUUUAAAGCUGAAGUUCCACGUUCACAAUGGCGGAGCAAAACAGCAACGUCAGAUAUCAAGAGCUGGUCAAUGAGGAGGAGCCAGCUCAGCCUUCCCAAGAGAAUCCUGCCCAGGAUGCACCACCACCCUACAGCAGCAUCGUUGCAGCAAAUGCAGCUUUCUUUGAAUACAAGGAAGAUGGAGGAAGGUUUCCCAACCCUCCAUCAUACAACAUUGCCACUACUUUGCCCUCCUAUGAUGAGGCAGAGAGGAGCAAAGCAGAGACUGCCAUCCCCCUGGUCACUGGAAGAAUCUCGGAGGAGGAUUUUGUGGCCAGAGAUGACUUUGAAGAUGCUGACCAGCUGCGAAUAGGAAAUGAUGGCAUCUUCAUGCUCACUUUCUUCAUGGCAUUCCUGUUCAACUGGAUUGGCUUCUUUUUGUCGUUCUGUUUGACGACAUCAGCCGCUGGUCGAUACGGAGCCAUCUCAGGCUUUGGCCUGUCUCUCAUCAAAUGGGUUCUUAUUGUCAGGUUUUCUACCUAUUUCCCUGGUUACUUUGAUGGGCAGUACUGGUUGUGGUGGGUCUUCUUGGCUCUGGGGUUCAUGCUGUUCGUCAGAGGUUUUGUCAACUACUCCAGAGUGCGCAAAUUGGUCGAUCCUACUUACGCCACUCUUCCCAGAACAAGGGUACUUUUUAUCUAUUAGAGGGUGCGACGUAACGGGACAUGAAGACGACUUUUGAAUUCACACGAAGAAACUUGAGCAGAAUUUGAUCAGGAGGAGGAAAAAAGAAAUAAUCAGGAAUUGUAUCACAUGUUUUCUUUUGUUAUUGAAAUUUUAUUAAUGGAACAUGGUUAACAGUAAUAGUCCCUCAGUGUACUCAUUAGUGGCGAAUGUUAAGUGCUAUUUACAUUUGUCUGUAAUGUAUGAGUAAUGCCUUAUAUCAUUUGAUGGUAGCAUACAAGCAUGCAUCUGCUCGCAAGGUUAAUCACUAUAGUGUCAUGUUGGCGACACUUGAAGUCACAGGUAUUAAUUAGUGCAACGCUGUAGAUUUACCAUGGCAUGCAACGCAUUUUGUAAUAUGCACCGACGUCUCUUCAUGGUUCUAUUAAGCUGUUUUUAGAUACCAGGUACACAUGAAAAGCAAACUGUAAGUACUAUAGCUGCUGUCCUCAUAGAUUUCAUUCAUCUGUAAGCUUUAGGCAGUGCUGCCUGUUGUUCAGCUGCAAGGGGGCAGUGUUGUCUGCAGACAUUUAAUAAUCUUCAUUAAGGAAUACAAACAUAAGGUUAUUCUUUUUCAUUAUUUGUUCUACAUUAAAUCAGGCAAAAAUACCCAGACAUGUAAAAAGAAUUACAUUUACAGAAAUGCUUUAACAAGAUCUGGUCUACAUUUUUGAUGGAAGCUGCUCUGAUGACGGCAAAGGGACCAUUAAGUUUCGGACAGUGACAGGAACCGUGCUGAUGUUGAAAGGGUCUCUAUGGGCUCAAAGUUGGUGUCCUGAAAAGGCUCAGCACGAUGUGACAGAAGAGUCUGUUCGCCGUCUGAAUUUCAGCUGUUAAUGAGCUCGAUCAGACAGCUGAGCACAAAAAUACUUUAAAUUUCCCUUCCAGGUGGGUUUGCCUCAAGAUUUAAUUGACACGAAGAAAUUUAAUAUUUCUUCUCGUUUUUUUUUUUUUCCUUCCUGAUAAUUUACCCUGCGUUAGAAGUUGGCAAACUUGCAGGUGUGAAUUACAUCAAAGAAUGUUUGCAGAUGCACUUUUCGUGGCAUAACUCAUAAAACCCCCAGGAUGUCCCCAUGAAUAUCUGAAAUCACUCACAUUAAAGAGACGGUGGUGCAGGAUGUUCCACACUUGAACCGUUUAAAUUCACUUAACUUCACACUUCUUCAAUGGCUUUGAUUACAGACCAAUAAUGCUUGUUUCUAUGUGACGUAGAGCUACAACUUUGGGGUUUUGUUGUUAUGAGACUGUACAGAAAAAUAUUUAGUGUUAAAUAAAUGUCACUUUCAAUGCUU